GCGCAACGCCCCUCCCUCCCUCUAGGUGGCGCCAACACUCCGGCGCAUUCCCGGUGUUCCGCCGCCAAUGCCCGGUCAGUCAGGACGAGAACACCUGUCCCUGGGGCCUCCGGAGCUCUGCGAACUACAGGACCCAGUGGACGAAGCGACCAGUCGAGCCAAUGAGAGAUCACGAUACAAUCACUGUCAUUUGAAUUCUCCGUGUUGGGGCGGGACUUCCGGCCCCCCUCUCCUGGCGGCCAUCUUGGGGCUUCUGGCUCCAGAACUCUUGUUGGGGACCGAGGUGGAGGAAUUGAGCAGUGCAGGGGGAGGCGCCGUCCCCGUCGCAGAGGCGGCUCUGAGGCCCGGCGACGCCGCCCGCGAGCCCUGCGCCGGGGCCGGGAUCGGGACCGCCGAGCCCGGGUCGCCUCCUCUGCCCCGCGCCCGGCCCCGCUGCGCCCAUAGAGUCCGAUGGCGGCGGCCGCGCUGAGCGGCCCGGCCCAGGGAGCACUGUGAGGCGGAGAUAAGCCUGGAAGAACCGUCUCUGUGUCUGCUCGGCCUGACGUUGACAAGGGCUGAACACAGUGAAGAAAGAGACCCAGGGCAGUGUGACCUUUGAUGACGUGGCCGUGUACUUCUCCUGGGAGGAAUGGAGGCUCCUUGAUGGCGCCCAGAGACACCUGUACCACCAUGUGAUGCUGGAGAACUUUGGACUUAUAUCCUCACUGGGUUGCUGCUGUAGAGCAGAGGAUGCAGAGGCACACUUUGAACAGAGUAUUUGUGUACAACAGUCAAAGGCCAGGAUUCCCAAAGCAGCUCCAUCUUCCCGGAAGACCCACCCCUGUGAGAUGUGUGGUCCCGUCUUGAGAGACAUUUUCCACUUGGCUGAGAGCCAGAGAACUCAAUACAGUCGGAAAUUGUUGAGGUGUGGAGCAUGUGCAAAGCAAUUUUAUUUCAGUGCAAACUUCCAGUGCCAUCAGGAGCAGCAAAUGAAAGAGAAAACCUUCAGAGACAAUGAGGAAAGGUCCUUUCCUGUGAAGAGCUGUGGAUUCCCUGUGUCAGGAAGGCUCUUUACCAGCAGGGAGGUAGCAAAAGAUUUCCUAGCCAGCUUGGGACAUCUGCAGCAACAGGCCAGUGAUUCCGGAGAGAAGCCAAAUGAAAUCACCCAGGGUGGGGCUUCUUUACAGAACAGAAAAAGUCAAUACAUCUGGGGAGAAUGCACGAAAACAAGUCCCACAGAUACACGUGUUCAAGGCCAGGAUAUCCCCACUGGAAGACAGUAUUUUGUUUGCAGUGAAUGUGGGAAAAUAUUCAGGGACAAAUCCUCUUUCAUUGUGCACCACAGAGUGCACACUGGAAAACGCCAUCAAGAGUAUGGUGAGUGUGGAACAUCCCUUAGGCAGAGCUUAACCCUCAGUCAACAUGAAAAUAUUUAUACUGGGCCCAGGCAAUACAAAUGCAGCAAAUGUGGGAAAUCCUUAAGCCGAAACUCUGUCCUCAUUCAUACCCAGAAAUGGCACAAUGGAGAAAACAGUUAUGUGUGCAGUGAAUGUGAGAAAUUUCUUAGCUAUAGCUCAGUGUUAAUUCCACACCAGAGGGUUCAAACUAGAGAAAGGCCUUAUAAGUGUAGUGACUGUGCAAAAUCUUUCACCUCUAUUUCAGCCCUCCAUUAUCAUCAAAGAUCUCACACAGGAGAAAGGCCUUAUAGGUGCAAUGAUUGUGGGAAGUCUUUUAUCUCUAGGUCUGACCUUCGUUAUCAUCAGCGAGUUCAUUCUGGAGAAAGGCCUCAUGAGUGCAACGAAUGUGGGAAAUCAUUUAUCACUCGUACUGCUCUCCGUUACCACCAACGAGUUCACACUGGAGAAAGGCCUCACCAGUGCAGUGAGUGUGGUAAAUCUUUUACCCGAAGAAAUAACCUCAUUAUACACCUAAGAGCUCACUCAGGAGAAAGGCCUUAUAAGUGCUCUGAGUGUGGUAAAUCUUUUUCCUUUAGCUCCAGCCUCCGUUAUCAUCACAGGAUUCACAAUGGAGAAAGGCCUUAUGAGUGUACUGAAUGUGGGAAGUCUUUUAAUAACAGAUGGACACUCAUUCGACACCGGAGAAUUCACUCAGGAGAAAAGCCUUAUGUAUGCAGUAAAUGUGGGAAAUCCUUUACCUGUAGCUCCAACUUACAGUAUCAUCAGCGAUGUCACCUUGGAGAAAGGCCGUAUGAGUGCAGUGAAUGUGAGAGAUCUUUUACCACUAGCUCUGCCCUACGUUAUCAUCAGAGGAUUCACACAGGAGAAAGGCCCUAUGAGUGUACUGAAUGUGGCAAGUGUUUUAUUUCCAGGUCUGACUUCCAUUACCAUCAGAGGGUUCAUUCUGGAGAAAGGCCUUAUGUAUGCACUGCAUGUGGGAAAUCAUUUAUCCGAAAAAAUAACCUCAUGUUACACCAGAGAGUUCACACAGGAGAAAGGCCUUACAAAUGUAGUGAAUGUGGGAAAUGUUUCAAUAAUAGGUGGACAGUCAUUCAACACCAGAGAAUUCACACAGGAGAAAAGCCUUAUAUGUGCAGUGAAUGUGGGAAAUCUUUCACAUGUAGCUCCACCCUCUGUUAUCAUCAGAGAGUUCAUGCAGGAAAAAGGCCUUAUGAGUGUAGUGAAUGUAGGAAAUCUUUCACAUCUAGUUCCACUCUCCGUUAUCAUCAGAGAGUUCACACAGGAGAAAGGCCUUAUGAGUGUAGUGAAUGUGGGAAAUCUUUUAGUUUUAGUGCCAGCCUUCGUUAUCAUCACAGAGUACAUAGUGGAGAAAGGCCUUAUGAGUGCAGUGAAUGUGGGAAAUCUUUUAAGGAUCGAUCACAAUUCAAUAAACAUCAGAGAGCUCACAGUGGAGAAAGGCCUUAUCAAUGCAACGAAUGUGGGAAAUCCUUUAGCCAAAAAUCAUCCCUCUCAAUACACCAGAGAAUUCAUAAUACAGAUAGAUCUUAUGAGUGUAAUACAUGUGGGAAAUCCUUUACCUCUGUCUCUGGACUUGAUUAUCAUCGGAGAGUUCACCGGGGAGAAAAGCCUUAUCAUUGCAGUGAAUGUGGGAAAUCUUUUACCAAUAGCUCCAUUCUAGUUCGACAUCAGAGAGUGCACACAGGGGAACGACCUUAUGUGUGCAGUGAGUGUGGAAAAUCUUUUACCAGUAGUGCUACCCUCUCUUAUCAUCAGAGAGUUCAUGCAGGGAAAAGACCUUAUGAGUGCAGUGAAUGUGGGAAAUCUUUUACCUCCAGUUCUACCCUUCGUUAUCAUCAGAGAGUUCACACAGGAGAUAGGCCUUAUGAGUGUGCUGAAUGUAGGAAAUCUUUUAUAUCUAGCUCCAAACUCCGUUACCACCAGAGAGUUCACACUGGAGAAAGGCCUUAUGAGUGCAGUGAAUGUGGGAAAUCCUUUAGAGAUAGUUCCCAAUUCAGUCAACACCGGAGAGGUCACAGUGGAGAAAGGCCAUAUGUGUGCAAAGAAUGUGGGAAAUAUUUUAUGCGAAAAUCUACUCUCUCUCAACAUCAAAGAAUUCACACUACAGAAAAGCUAUAGAUACACUGGGAUGUACAAUUGCCUAUUUAGUUCAAACAUUAGAGAAACUGAGAAGCCAUGUAUCUGAAUUGAAUUUCAUAUAUCUGAGCAUACACAGUGGGGUUAGUCCCAAGUUUCAGUUACACGGUAAGCUUGUGAAAAUAUCUUGUACUUUUUACCCUGUCCAGGGCUCAUGUCAGCUUUAUGUCACUGCUAGUUUUGCGGGCUAAGGCCAUUUCAUCUGCCACAUGGCAAGACCACACUGCAACAUUCACCACCCAAUGUAUUCCCAGAAGCUGAAUUGUUUUUCUCAUGUAUUGGAGAAAAUUAUGAAUAACCUGUGCCCUUAGGGCUUCAGCAUUCCCUCCAUAGACAUUGAACUACCAUGGGCAUGGACCUGGAUCAGUGUUGACUCAUAGAAUAUUUUGAGUUCAGCUGUGAGCUUGCAGAGAAUGACUUCCUUUUUUGAGACAUGUUGGUCUCCUAUAACUUGAGAUUAAUUUUUCCAGCAUCCAUGUCAUGAAUUUGAGAACUGUGUGUCACACAUUGGUUUUUAAAGCCCCACUCUAAAUCCUGUUUAAUCUUUGAUGUUCUACUUACUAUGUGGGAUACUUUAUAAACACAUUUGGUCUCUACAAGCAUAAAGGGGAAAACAACUUGUUAGGAAUAUCAAAAUGUUCUUCUGUGCCUAAGUAGAGACAGUAUGAUGUCAGAAUACAUACUUUUUCAAUAUUCACCAAAUCUUUGCCCACAGCCUCCUAGAAAAAACUUAUGCUGUGGUAGUCAUAGGAAGCCUUGGUGUGUGUAGUAGUCUCAGUGAUGACCCUGAGUAGGGGGCAAGUUUGAGAACCUCAUUUGCUUCUGAGAGUGGCACAAUUUUUUCCCCUUUAUCAGAGGAGUUUAUCACAGGAUAGGAGACAUCAUGGCAUUGUUGAGGGGAUCUUCUCCAGGUCUACAAAGAGCCAUAAACUACAAUUCACUGGACUGUGGAAUCGGUACAGAAGUACUGGCAUACUAGGGAGUGGAGAGUACUGCAGCAAGUUAGGUGAAAUGUGUGUCUUCUAAAAGGGCAUCCAAAAAUGUUUCUGACAGUGACUGUGCAGAAUCAGUUUGUACACGAUGUAGGACUUGCAGGCAUGUUCAUCUUGUGUAGCUGAAGCUGUUCAGAGGAACUAAUAAACUGAAAGGUUUUGUGGACAUUC